UAAGCUCUGUGUCUCUUCCCGCUGAAGAAGAGCGCCAGCCUCCUUCAGCAUCAGCAUCAGUAGACACGUCUUCUCUCCCCGCUGCGGAAUAUCGGCCCGCUUUCAGACCCACCGAGCCAUGGACAACUCCGGCAAAGAGAAGGAGGCCAUGCAGCUGAUGGCCGAGGCCGACAAGAAGGUCAAAGCGUCGGGCUCGUUCCUGGGAGGGAUGUUCGGGGGGAACCAUAAGGUGGAGGACGCCUGCGAAAUGUACGCGAGAGCAGCCAACAUGUUUAAGAUGGCAAAGAACUGGAGUGCUGCAGGGAACGCAUUCUGCCAGGCUGCCCGGCUCCACAUGCAGCUUCAGAACAAACUGGACUCCGCCACGAGCUUCGUUGAUGCCGGCAACGCCUACAAGAAGGCCGACCCGCAGGAGGCCAUCAACUGUCUAAACCAGGCCAUUGACAUCUACACUGACAUGGGCCGGUUUACCAUCGCAGCCAAACAUCAUAUCACCAUAGCAGAGGUUUAUGAAUCUGAGCUGGUGGAUAUUGAAAAGGCCAUUGCUCACUAUGAGCAGGCAGCAGAUUAUUACAAGGGAGAGGAGUCAAACAGCUCAGCUAACAAAUGUCUUCUGAAGGUCGGACACUACAGCGCUCAACUGGAACAGUAUCAGAAAGCCAUCGAAAUCUACGAACAGGUUGCUAUGAGCACUAUGGACAAUCCUCUGCUGAAGUACAAUGCCAAAGAGUAUUUCUUCAAAGCGUCAUUAUGUCACUUCAUAGUGGAUGAGCUUAAUGCUAAGUUGGCCAUAGAGAAGUAUGAAGAGAUGUUUCCAGCUUUCUCAGACUCAAGAGAGCUCAAACUGCUAAAGAAACUCCUUGAGGCCCACGAGGAACAGAACAGCGAGGCGUUCACAGAGGCUGUGAAGGAGUUUGACUCCGUGUCCCGUCUGGACCAGUGGCUGACCACAAUGCUGCUCCGCAUCAAAAAGACCAUCCAGGGAGAUGCUGGAGACUUAAAGUAGAGAAACAUCAGAGAAGGGGAGAGAGAAAAAAACCAGGAUGGUGGAGAAAAGUGGCAGAAAAGUGAAUGGGGUUGAGGGAGGGAGGGAUGGUGGCAUUGAGAGAGUUUACAAAUGUACAUAUCAGUCUGCAUGUGACCCCAGUCAAAUUAGCACCUCCUUUAAAUCCCAUUAAAGCACCCUGUGUCCCCCGUCCCACAGUAUUGCUCCGUAACACUGGACAGAAUUUCACUAAAAGAAACAAAGUGGGAAGAUAAUGUGUGUGUGCAGCAGAGAAAAUGUGUGUGUGUGUUCACUCCAGUAGGAUCAAAUCUACUUUUUGAUGAAGUGUGCAUAUAUAUAUGAUACUGAAAAAUAUAGAAAUGCUAUUUAAGAAAUUGUUCAUAUUUAUUGUCAAUACUGAAGAUAUUGUUUGUUAUUGUGCUCAGUGUUAAAAUCUGUCUAAAUAUUUUAGGUAUCAGCCCUCUGUAAUCUCCUCUUCUGUUUUCCUUCUGGCUUCACGCCACAUCUGCGUUAGUAAAAUCCCACCCUGUGAUUGGUCGACUCUUGUGAGGGCGGAGCAAUUAGUUAACAGCUAGUUUCUGUUGCUGCCUUCUUUGUGCAUGUCUGCGUUGACCUAAAUGUUCUGUGUUGUGCUAUCAUGUAAAAACCUGUGUAGCCUGAUACAUUUAUGUGAAAUCAGUAAAUAUGUACCUCAGAUAUUGAGCUGAAAUAAAACAUCAUCACUCUA